AUGUCCCUCGAAGACGUUGUCAUGUUCGAAACCAAGGUACUUGGGUCAGCGAGGGGCGGAGCAGCUAGGAGCAGCGAGGGACAGCGCCGUACUGGAAUAAACAAUGCCAAAACCUCCAGCGCCAAUCUUGCAAUCAACGCGGUACCUGUCGGCGAUGAGGAUGUCCUAGAUGCAAUGUGGGCAGUUUCUAGCCGUGAUACCCGACCCGACGGCUCUGAGAGCAGCUUCGAAAGAGACCGCCGUCCCAAUAAGGAGAAGAUCAAGUCGAUAGGUGAACUUCACCGCUGCAGCUUUCCACCGGAAUUCUGGGACGGCCUGUCCAAAGUUCCGCUCACGUCCAGCGCAGUGCUCCAUGGCCCGCGGCACCUGCAGUGUGUACGACCGAUCGCGCUCGGUUUGCACGACGCGGCGGCCCAGAUCUUCGCCAUCUCCGAGGGCGUUCCAUACCGGAAAGAGUUGAUCGAACCGUGGCUUCUGGCCACUCUACCUCAAGCCGGCGACCAAAUCGACAAAAGGUCGUCGGCAUACGACAAGGCGUUCGAGCAGCAUCUUAAUGACAACAAUGUCUAUCUGCACGGCCGAAAUCGAGGCCGGACAACAACGCAGACUCGCAUCAGACAAGGCCGUCGCUUUCACGGUCCAGGUUCUCCGACGGCGCAUUUGAACACUUUCAGGACGAACAUGAUCAUCUGGGCUCCAAAGGAGAUUACUACGGUCGAUUUGAAGCCCGACUUCUACGACGGGGCUCGUUUUAGUGACAUCGAUGCAACAGUGAGGUGCCCAGCAGCGCCGAAUUUCUUCCUCGAGGCCAAAGCUCCAUGGGCGGGGGCGGACAUCGCGAAACGGCAAGCUAGUCUCGGCGGAGCAAUCAGCGCACGCGCGAUGCACGCCCUGCAGAACUACGGCGACGAGGAGCCCGACUUCGACGGCAAUGCCUACAGCUACAGCUCGACCUACCACGCUGGCAUAGAAGCAGAAGUUCCAGCUGCCGAGACACGGCACUAUGAAGAGUCUACUUGUGAAGACUAUGUCGGGCCGCAAGCUAUCGGCACUGAAAACUACGCGGCAUCUCAUGACUUGGACGACGGGCCGGCUCUUACCCUGUAUGCAGAGGGCAAGGAGCCCAGCCAAGGGUCUACAUCGCUUGGGCCCGAACCAGCCAUGAGCUUCGACACGAGCUUCGGGUCCAGCUUCAGCGCACAGAGGCAGACUAGUUCGAAGCGAAACAGAGCACCCCACAGCCCGCCAUCGAAUGCCCAGCCACACAAGAAACACGGCUCGGCUAAGAGGCGGACACGCCAGAGUGCAUCUCGACGGACGGCGGGAUCGUCCACACGGGCCUCGGCGUCUACAGGGUCUGCCGUACCGCAGCCGUCAUCAAAUAGGGACUACUGA